GCGGUAAGACGCUCCCCGCUGCAGCCACGACUGCUACGCUAAGAAAGAACCGGGAGGAACCAGGGGCCGUGUCACUAUCAACACUGAGAUACGGGGAGACAACGAGCAAAACAAAGCCCCUUUCUUCCACGGAGCACCUGAGUUGCCUUCUGCAAGUCCUACCUAUUCGGAGAGCAGCACAGAAAGCGUCAUCUACAAGGUGGACAGUCCGCUGCCUGGUCACUCGUGGUAACUCGCCACCAUGCCUUUUCCCUUUGGCAAGUCCCACAAGUCACCCGCGGACAUCGUCAAGAACCUCAAGGACAGCAUGACCGUGCUGGAGAAGCACGACAUCUCGGACAAAAAGGCGGAAAAGGCUGCCGAGGAGGUGUCCAAGAGCCUGGUGGCCAUGAAGGAGAUCCUGUACGGCACCAACGAAAAGGAGCCGCAGACGGAAGCGGUGGCCCAGCUGGCCCAGGAGCUCUACAACAGCGGCCUGCUCAGCACCCUCAUCGCAGACCUGCAGCUCAUCGACUUCGAGGGUAAAAAGGACGUAGCACAGAUCUUCAACAACAUCCUGAGGCGCCAAAUCGGCACCCGGACACCUACUGUAGAGUACCUGUGCACCCAGCAAAACAUCCUUUUCAUGUUGCUGAAAGGGUACGAGUCCCCAGACAUCGCCCUAAACUGCGGCAUCAUGCUGAGGGAGUGCAUCAGACACGAACCCCUGGCCAAGAUCACGCUGUUGUCGGAGCAGUUCUAUGACUUCUUCAGAUACGUGGAGAUGUCCACGUUCGACAUCGCCUCAGACGCAUUUGCCACUUUCAAAGACCUCCUCACAAGACACAAGCUACUGAGUGCUGAGUUCCUGGAGCAGCAUUAUGACAGAUUCUUCAGCGAAUAUGAGAAGCUGCUGCACUCGGAAAACUACGUGACUAAGCGGCAGUCCCUCAAGUUGCUCGGGGAGUUGCUCCUCGACAGACACAAUUUCACCAUAAUGACGAAAUACAUCAGCAAGCCCGAGAAUCUCAAACUUAUGAUGAAUCUGCUUCGGGACAAGAGCCGCAACAUCCAGUUUGAGGCUUUCCACGUGUUUAAGGUGUUUGUGGCCAACCCCAACAAGACGCAGCCCAUCCUAGACAUCCUGCUGAAGAACCAGACCAAGCUCAUCGAGUUCCUCAGCAAGUUCCAGAACGACAGAACGGAGGACGAACAGUUCAACGAUGAAAAGACUUACUUAAUCAAACAGAUCAGGGACCUGAAGAGGCCCGCACCCCAGGAGGCCUGAGGGGGGGUGAGCGGAAAGGGCAGGGCUGGAGCCGCCAGGAACCGGCUCUGGAGGACGCCCGGGGGGCGGCGUCUGCUUAACGGACCCAUCGGCAGCAACCGCUCUGGUUUUUGAACAAAGACUGAGGAACAAACGAGAACAAACCAAACCCACGUCAGCUCACCAGAAAGUCAUCAGCUCUUCUGCCCCUCAGAACGUUUCAGAUGUUUUUUUUAAUGCUUUCUUUCAAAAGAUGUCAGAAAAAAAAAAGUAGUAGGUGCUUUUGGUUUAUUAUGUUGCCACAUCGGUUCGUCGCAUAAAGAACAAAUCCAUUUAUUGUAACCAAGGCAGGCUUAACAAGAAAAUCCAACUUGGAUACGAAUCCUAACGAAACACGCGCACACAUGCCGCGAGAAUGUCGCCGAAGACACCGGGGGAUAAAUGGUACGAACGAGAGCGUCGGAGCCGACGUUGCAUGACUUGAACCGUGACGGAUCCAUGGCUGUCCCUGGCGUCGGCGCCGCAAUGUCCGGCCCCCCCGCUUCCAGACCCACCCGCACCGCAGCAGGCGCUUCAGUUUGCAUCUUGUCCUUCGCCUGACAGGGCGACCGUGAUUCUUUUUACAGAUGCCAUCAGAACCGUUAGCUACUUUCUGUGUGCUUUGUUACUAAACGGCACUUGAAGCACAGUAAGAGGAGGAGGGUUGUAAGGUAUAAAGCAGGUAAACGCCAUGAUCUGGGUCCUUUUUUUAUUUUUCGUUUUUGAAUUAUCUGGGACAGGGUGACUGUGUACAUAUGCCUUUUUUUUUUUUUUGCUUUGUAGAUUUUUUUUUUUUUUUGUUUAACCUUGACAUAAAACUAUAUCAUGUACAUCUACAUUUACCUUAAACAAACAGGUUUUUGGUUCGUGUCAAGUUACUUUCUGGAGCGUAAGAGAAGUGACAUUGCAUUUCAUUUACUGCUGAAACGAGUGCUGGUGGGGCUGCUUUGUACAGAAACUUUAAAAGGCCAGCUUACGUUUAGCUAACAUAUAGCAUCUUUAACAAUUUGUACAGCGGAGGAAUGUCGUCACAAAAAAAAAAGCCCCCAGGCUCAUCUACAUUUCGAGGAUCUGUGCAGAAAAUGUGCCGCGGAGCAUUACAGAUGGCGAGCAGAGCAUUAAAGCGCGUGUGUGUGUGUUUGCACUGUGUGAGGUGCUGGGUGAUUCAUUUCUCCUCACAGGAGCCGACUUCUUCUCCUCACCGCUUUGGUUAGUAACAUCAGAGUGCCAUGUUAACCCCCCACAGUUUGUGAGCCUCCAGCGUAACCCCCCCCCCCCCCCCUCCUUACCAUCACCCGACUCUUUGUGUUUGAGCCUUUUUAGAAUUCCAGUGUAAUGGUGAGUGUAAAGCAUUGUGGGUAGCAGAGUGUUUAUUUUUAUUUUAUUUUGGGGCCGCGCUAACGCUGAGAACAACGAUAAAGCCGCAUAUUGUCUUCAUUUGCAGCGAGUGGGCUUCUCGGUGUCACGUUAGCAGAUUUAAAAAGCAUCUGAGCAGACGACACUACUGUAAGAGCCCAGUCAUUCACUCUGAACGUGCAUGUUGCUCCACUGGCUGUGCAUGAUGCUGUACUAAGGAUUGUACUGGAAUUGCACCCCCAACCCCCCACCCACCACCAACCCUUUUCAGCAUUAGACAGUAUUGAAGAAACAAAAUGAACCCUUGCUGACUUUAACUCCAGUUUCAGCAGUGAGUGUGUGUGGGAGCUUUCUGAUGUGUCAAAGGCCUGGGCCCAACGAUUCAAUAAACAUUUGAGAUAAAAAUGCA